UCUGGGUGCAGCAGCGGGACCAGGGGCUCAGAUGACACAUAGCGACUGCAGGGAGUGGAAAAUGAGGGGGGAGUUUUCACACACUUUCUCCCUGACUUAUGCUUAAUCUAUUGCAACUGAAUCACUGGUUUUGGACAGAAGACUGGGAUCAAAAUGUUGCUGAUAUCCAGGGACUGAGGAGACUAAAAAAAACUGGUCUUGGAGUUUGGAUUCAUCAUGGCUCUGAGGUGUGUUCUGAUCCUGAGAGCUGCAGUCCUGAUGCUGCUAACAGCUCAUGUCGUCCCAUUGGCGUCCGGCUGCAACGUAGGUUCCUACGAAACACUGAUCAGAGAAUUCUGCCUGGAUGAGUUCCACCUCAACAUGAGGAAGCUGGACCCAGGCUUGUGGUGUAGCUGGCCCGACACAAUGGA